CGUAGCGAGGGGCGGGGCGAGUUUGGCGCGACGUCACGCUCCGUGCUUGACAGUGCGCAAGCGCAGUGCGGCUACUAGCGUCUGAAACUCAAUUCAACAUGGCGUCUGAGCGCAAGACUAAGUUAUCCAAGAACCUGCUGCGCAUGAAGUUCAUGCAAAGGGGCCUGGACUCGGAAACCAAGAAGCAACUAGAAGAGGAGGAAAAGAAGAUGAUCAGCGACGAGCACUGGUACCUGGAUUUGCCAGAGUUCAAGGAGAAAGAGAGUUUCAUCAUAGAAGAGCAGAGCUUCUCCCUCUGUGCAGAUCUUCUCUACGGAAGGAUGUCGUUCAGAGGAUUUAAUCCCGAAGUUGAGAAAUUAAUGCUUCAGAUGAAUUCUAAGAACAAAGAAGCUGCAGAGGAAGAGGAUGAGACAGUGGAGGUCGAUGUGUCAGAUGAAGAAAUGGCAAGAAGAUACGAGACUUUGGUGGGAACGAUUGGAAAAAAGUUUGCCAAGAAGAGGGACCGAGCCAAUUACGAAGAAGAUGAAAACGGAAAUAUAAAACCCAUUAAGACUAAGAAGAUGUUCCUAAAGCCCCAAGAUUAAAUGGCUGCCUCAGAUACAGCACAUGCCUGUGGGCACAGCGUGCUUGGAACUCAUCCUUGUGGUGCCUGGAGUGGUUAAUACUCUGUUUACCUGUAAAGAAAUGCAUAACUGUGGAAAUGUGCUGCUCCUGA